ACCAGAAUACUUUUUCUGUCUCGAAUACGUGAGCUGAGAGAUCUCUUCCAAAAUCCGCGAUUGUGCUUGUUGUUCGGGCAGAGAGCAACUAAUAAGAUUUCACAUUCUGUUUUAACUCUCGUCCAUUUGACUUCUUUCGGAGCUUGAGUCGGAGAGUUUACGAUGAGUGGUCAUUGGGGUGAGAUGUCUGGGUCGAUUGUUUCCCCUGUGACAUCCUCUGUGGUGGAUAUGGAAGCCCUGGCUAUGAAGUCACAGAGUGUCCAGGUUAAAGUUCCUCAUCUUCAUCAGCCUUCUGCCCAACAGAAGCCACAAGUUCAUCAAUUGCAGUCUGAAUUAUGUCGCCCUGAUGUGACCAGUCUUCACUCUAUAGACUUGCUCAAGCAUUGCAGGCAGAUCAGGACGAGAAUGCUCACACACCAACAUCAGCAAGAGUCAUCUAAAGGAGAGGAUAGAUUUAGCAGUGCCAGACUACCACCCCUACCACCACAGCCUCAGGUGCAAUCUUCUGACAAGUCAUCUAUCCCUGUCGUUACUGGUUUAAGAGAGAGACCAGGGUGUCCAAGAUUAAAACUGGCCGAUGGAAGCAUAGAGAUUGAUGCAGGGACCGCCAGACAGCUCAGCUGUAGGGCAGUGGCCACCAUCUGUUCACAUAAUGGAUAUGAUUCAAGUCAGGAAUCUUCAUUAGAAACAUUAUCUGACGUUCUCCAGGAGUUCUUAUGUAACACCUGUAAACUAUUGAGAGUUGCUGUAGACAGAGAGGCUCAUACGGGGCAUACAGGAUUCCAAGACACCCUUUCCCAAGUAUUCCAUGAGAUUGGUGUCGGUAGCACACAGACACUUAUCAACUUCUGGAAGACGAGGAUACAAGACUACCAUGACCGCAUCUUGAAACAGACAGAGGAAAUUAGAGAGAAAUAUGAAGAUAUGAAGAACCCAAAUUACCAGUCACAAGAUGACAAGUCUCCAAGAGUCAAAGAGGAGCCUAUGUCGGAUGCAUCCUUCCACGAUCCUCAGUCACAGCCCAAGGACGAUGUAGCUGAGAACCACAGCGAAACAUCCUCUUCAGAGACACCAUCGAAUCAGCCACUCUCGUUUCACGGCCUCGGUGGGAUGGAUUUGGAUGACUCCGGUGGAGCUGUGACAGUGGUAGAAGCAGGAGAGAGAGGAGAGGAGGGGGUGGUGGAUGAGAGUAGCAAUGAAUGGUACGCUGGGGUUAAGGAGGAAGACAAUGGAGAGGAUGUAGGAAGCACGGCAGCCGGGAUGGGUGGCGUGAAGAGAGAGCUAAUGAGUGGAGAUGAUGAGAACUCACAAGACGUGAAGAUAGAAGAAACCGUAAUUGGGGAAUCCCCUCUUGGAUCACAGUUAACUACAAGCCACACCCUGGAUGUUGAUACCACCUCUCCUGUGGAGAAGAAGAUCCACUUAAAUAUGCCACCAAGAAAGAAGAAAAAGAAGUGACAUGGAUGCAAGAGCUGUCUUUAUUUUACUCAAAAAAUGCUACAUGUAUUAAGGCUGACCUUACUUAUUUAUGGACAAGAUAUGUUGCUACUUGUACAACUGCAAAACCUCUUGUCUUUCUGAGUUGAUAACUUUGAUACCGGAAUUGGACCAGGACAUCAGUGAAAUAUGUUUUGUGUAGACAGUAUUCCUCUAACCAGUAUUCAAAUAUUACAUAAUACACAUUAAUGCAGAACCAUAUUUUAUUAGUGAUUAAGUGAAGAUGAAGAAAUUAACAAUUUCUUGUGCUUCGUGCCCAAAUUUCCAACUGUUCGUUUGAAUCAACAAGUGAAAAGUAAUCUCUAUAUUUCCAUAAUUCAUCUCUGAGGAGAGUUUGAUUCCCUUAGUUGUGUUGCUAGUAGGACCAAUAGAGAAGCCAGCAUCUAUCUGUUGAGAAACCAAGAUUUACAAGUAUAAGAUUUGAUAAAUUUGUUGAAUUAUGACUGAAUAUACUUCCAACCAAAAGCAGAUCAUAGCAAACAUUUCCAGCUUACACUAAUGGUAGUGACAGUCAUAGAAAUAACUCCUUCAUAAUUCCAGUUCUUAUUCUACAUACAAUCAGAUUUGUCCUUUACGUCCUGAUUUCUUUUAUACCAUUCUAGAAUACAACAUGCAGUCUCAUUUGUUUAUUAAUAGCUCAAAUAACUGUAAAUCCAGAUCAUGUUAAUAUCCUUUUAUCAUUCAUGGAUAUCUCAUUGCAUUCAAUCCCCUAAUAAUAUGUAGUGUUAGACAAUUACAUUGUGUUAUCUCCAAAUCACUUCAGGAUGUGAAAUGUCAUUAAAUGAGGUCAGGUACUAUAUCACAACCUUGGAAAUAUGCAAAAUUCUUGCAAUCAUUUUCAAUCGGUCAGUAUGCAGUUGUACACUGUAUUGUUAUGCAUAUUAGAUGUUAGCUGUACAAGUAGAGAUAUGAUGAACAUAACUCUUUUAUAGCUGUAUAACUUGAUAUUAGUUAAGUCAUGUUACUUUUCACAUAAAUAUUGUGCAUGUGUUUAUAUCUAUAUUAAAUAUUCAAUCUAUA